AUGGCGGAAAUAUUAAAAGAAUGGCUUACGGAAAGAUUGGAAAGACCAAUAAAAUGGGAAGCUCACGAAUUCGGGGAAAUGAUGAAAAACGGCUUUGUUCUUGCUUCUGUACUAUUGAGUUAUAAAGUUAUCAAUGAUGAAAAACACUUUCUCAUAAGAUCGAGCAAUGCUGCCGAACACAUUAAAAACAAUUGGAAAUAUUUAUCAGAGUGGUUAAGGACGCUGGAUAUAAAUUUAAAUGAUGACGAUCUACGUUGCCUCAUGGAAGGAAAGGGUUCAUCGUUGCUCAGACUAUUUUAUCAGCUGUUUUUAACCCUCGAUAAAAAAGAUAGAACAGAUUUUAUUAAACGGGAAAGAAAGAUGAUGACAAAUUUAGUAGAAAAACCGGAAACACGAUUCAAAGUAGACAUAGUGAAAGAGGAACGUGAGUCUGUUGUUGAUGAUUUGUCUAGAUUUUUACUGAAUGAGAAGCAUUUUGUAGAGUGGCAAAAGAUAAAAGCUAAGCAAGUGAAGGAAACGUAUGAGUAUAUGAAGCAUAAAUAUUCGAAAGUGCUUAAAAAUGCUAAUGAGAAAAAUGCCCCAUUUCUCAGAAGCAUUCCAAAAACUCCAAACAAAGAGCAAGAAAAAGAUAACAAAGAAAUGGAAAAAUUUUCGCUGAGGUAUCCAUGUACAUUUCAAAAUUAUACUUAUGAAGAACUUUUGAAGUUGGAUGAACAAGCUGUUGAAAGGCAAAAGUUUUUAGUGGACACAGAGUGGGCUAGGAACUACAUGAAUAAUUUACAUAUUAAAAUUCAAGAUAAAACUGAAUCAGAAGAGUUCCAAAAACAAAUCGGGAAUACAAUUAGUGGCUCACUUUGGGAACUUACCGUGGCUGAAGAGGAAAGUAAUCUUGAUACAGAAUUGGCAAAGAAAGUUAUGAAAUUAUCGCAAUUCGAGAAACAAUUGUGUACGCAACUUAUGGAAACGAAACAACAAACAAGAAAUUUAAUUAAAAAUAGAAUACAAGCGGAAAAACAAUUUUCCGAACAGAGAGAGCAACAAUUCAACCAAUACCUUGAAAACGUCAAAGAACAAAUCAGCUUAGAAGUGGCUGAGAUAGAUUUUGAAAAACGCAGACAAAAUACGCUCCAUAAAAAGCUAUAUGCCGAGAAAAUGAAAAGAAAACGCCAGCAUUAUUAUGAAAUAUGUUACGAUACGAUGUUGUCUAUAGUAGACUACGUAACUAAAUACGCAUAUUUUAAAUUACUAAUUGGUGAUGAAAUACCUCAUCAUUUUAUUCACGAAUGGAAAAAUUUAUAUUACAAACACCAACCUAUUUUUGAUAUUUUGGAUUCAAUGGAAGAUAUUUUAAAAGUUGAGCAUGAGGAUCCGCAGUAUGAAGAGGUUGUGAGGCUUGAACUUGACCGACAGAAUGCUUUAAAUGAUGUCGAGUUUAAGGAGUAUCACGACUAUUCACACCCGUGGAAUUUAGAAUGUUUAAUUUCUAAUUAUGAUCCAGAAGCUGAUGACAGAAAAUAUGAAUAUCUGGGUACUAGAAUCUUAGGUCAUGUUGUAUAUAGCUUACUUGAAAUAAAAUAUCCGUAUCCGCCACAAAAGACGCCAGCGGAUUUACCAGCAUAUUUAGCUAAAGCUGUACUUCGUGGUCUUCCAGAUAGAUCUCUGACCGUUGCCAUGCAGACUUUAUUAAAUUUUCGCAAGAUACAAGUUGUUAGACUUGAAUCUGCUAUUAAUUUUUGCAUGAGAAGAUAUAAAUUUGAGAUGGUCGGUUGUACAGAUGUAGAAUUGUGUUAUGAUAAAUUUAUUUCGGGAAUUCCCGACGAAGACAUCCAAAAUAAAGAACUUAUUCGAUUAACUAAAAUUGAAGAUGAAGUAGAAAACAAAUCGAAUGAGGUGGCCGUUGCAACCAUGCUGGGUACAAUUCCUGCGAAUACUAAGCAAACGCAGACACCUAAGGCUAUACCAGAAGAGGAAAUUAAAUUAUCCACUGCAGCAGAGCUCGGUCGUUACGCCUAUGAUACACUUAGUUCUGGUAGUUGGUUAACCGAUUAUUUGCUUUCGGCUAUGAUAGUUGAAUACUUAAAAAGUCUAAAUGUUGACGGGUUUGUCAUUAUAAACUAUCCAAACUCAUAUCGAGAAGCUAGAAUAUUGGAGGAAACAUUUUCGGGUCGAGCUCCACCUCAUGAAUCAGAAUUAAGUGAUAACGACGAUAUAUAUUUAGAAGAAAACAUAGCCAAACAUCAGAUAAAAGACAAUGAUCCUUUUACACUACUCAGAUCGUCUAAUCUCGUAAAUAAUCCCCAUAAAUUACCGAACGAGAAGCCGUUUCAAAGCUAUUUUACAUGUUACAUAAAAUUAAAAGAAACUGAAAAUAUUUUACAUGAAAACUUUGUAUGGGAUUUGACCCUCGAAAAUUCGGAAUUUAUUGAUAGAUUUUACUCAGCCAUGGGAAUCAAUUACAGUAUGUAUUACGAAAUCAUCGAAAAAGAUUUACUAGCACAGAUUUGCAAAUAUAUUAUCGGAGAUCUAGAAAUUCCUAUAAAAUCAUGCGAUAAAUUGUUUGGAGAAGGAGUUUUGAGUCUACUCGAGUUUCCAUCAUCUGAAGACAAAAGAACGAAAUCAAAAAUCGUAAAACCUGAAGUAAGUAAUGGAAAGUCUAAAGAAAAAAUACGCAGAGGAUCUAAGUCUAGUAAAAUGUCAAUUACAAAAGAAUUACAGGUUGUAAAAUCACCGAGCUCCCAAGAAGAAUGUACUGAGGAUGUCUUUCCUGUAGCAGCUACAGCUAGUGAAGAAAAUGAAAAAAUAUCGGUUAUAAGCCCCGAAGAGGUCAAAGUUAUAGCUGGCGAAGAAGACUGGGACUAUGCACAGCUGCCUAUAGUAGAUACAAUAGGUGUGGCCCUAGCAUCUUGUUGGGAAGAAAUAGAAAAAACUUACAUUUAUGACAUAAAACAAUUACUGUUCUCUAAGAGAUUACAAAUGAAUUGUCUGGUACCUUACAGCAGAUUUGUUAAGGAUAAAAUGGAGCAGAUCAUAACACUGCCAUCGCAUAAACAAGACUUAGUAAUGAAAUUUCAAAAAGAUUACAAUGAUUUUGAAAUUGAUUGGCAAAAUAUUGGUUUAACUAAGAACGAAUGGCAUUGUCGGGUUAAAGAGCUCCAAAAUAAAUUGUAUCACAUUUGCGACGUAAGGAAAUUGUACGCCGAACAACAAAGACAAUUACUUCUCUCCGAUAAUUGGGCUAUGGAAGAAUUAACCACAAUGGCUAAUACGUAUAUAUCUUUUAUGCAAAUGGAAUUAAACAGAUCUAUGUUGACGUUUCAAAUUUUUCAUGAUUUUUAUUAUGCAAUGUUGAAGAAACCACUUCCUUCAGAUCGAUUGUCUUCAAAAGAUUUAACUAAAAUAACGAGGGACACUGAUGAUGGUUCUGGUAAGAAAGGUGGCGAAGAUAAAAUAUACAAACAGUUGAAAGCUAAUCAUCAAGAAAUGUUGUCGAAAAACAUACAAAUUGAUUACAGCAACAAUCCAUUUAAUUUAAUUAUUGAGAACAAUGUUAAAUUUGCCAUGAAAAUUGUGAAAGACACGAAUGAUUCUUAUAGGUCGUUAAUUAGUAAAGAAUACAAUGAGAUAGCUAAAGCGUCACAAGCUCCUAAGAAAAAGGAAGGAAAUAAUUCCGAGAUGUCGAUCAGUUCAGAGGAGAUUUUCAAAGAGAACGCUUUGAAAUGCAUUGAUGAAUGGACCAUGGGUAUAAACGGAGAAAUGUUUAGAUUCAACUUGCGACUAACAGCUCUUCAGAAUAAAUGCCAUCAAGAUAUGAAACUGUUCAAUGAUCAUAUUUAUGAAACAUUCACUGAAAUACAAAACGAUAUCAAUAAAUAUUAUUUAGGUGAGAUCAAGUCUGUUGAUCGUUUAUGCAAGUACCUUCAAAUGGCCAUUGAAAAUGGUAGAAAAGUCCCGGAAAGUCUUACACUUGAGCACGAUACGUUUGUUAUUGACCACAAUUUAAUACAGUUUGCGAAUUUAGACACGUUGACGGAAAAAGAAGAAAUUGAAAUAGUUUUUGGUGAGAUGGACUUUAAAGUUGGUCAAUUAGCAAGAUUAAGAUCACAAUUUAAAUUAGUUGCACCUACCGGUAUAGUCUUUCAGCAAGCGUUCAUUUACCUUUUGCAAGAUUUCCUUUUGUUCGGUAAAGAAUCCUGUGAUGGCCCUAUACUUCCACCGUUGUGGAAUCGUUUAGAUCCAGAACAGAUACCGAAAUUAGUGAUGUUAAUAUUCGGCGAUACAGUUCAUGUUGAUUGGAGAGAUUUCUUGAUAUACUGUUUGAAUAUAAAAUUUCCAUCUGUAGAGGAGCUCCUAAGAAUACGGAAACAUUUCCGUUGUGCUGACAGCGAGUCUGCGGAGUUGCUCGACAGAGAUAGUUUUUUAAAAAGCGAAUUUUGGUUCGACAUAGAUUUUGAUCUUGAAGAUACACAUGCCAUAUUAAGAUUAAACUUAAUUAAACACUAUUUGUUUGAACUAUUCGAAACCAGUGAGAACUUAAUGAACUAUCCUGCUUUCUUGUUGGCAUUUUGUAAAAGUGCAGAUCCCAUUGAAGGUUUCGCUAUGGCCAUUUCGAUGGCCGUCGGAAAGAAAGUCUGUUACAAAUUAGAAGACUGUCAAGAUGUUAUUUGUAAAUUAAUAGAGCAGAAAAAAUAUAAAGACGAAUGUUUAGCUUGUGCACAUAAAUGUACUGAACAAUUUCUGACAACCCUCCUAACAAAAGUAGUUAAUAUUUGUGAAGGUACUACGAUCGAAGAAAUACAGUAUACUGAACCAUCUUUGAGCGAUAAGAAAGGAAAGAAAACUAAGGUUGCUAAAGCAAAGAAGAUUGAGAGUGCCCAAAGUGCUCGAGUGCCAAGGAGUCAAAAGAAUUUGGUUAGUCAAAGUAAACUGGCACAGUCUACUACUGAUAUUAAAACUACGUUUAUUUGUCCGCCCUGUCAAGAAGAUGUUGAAGUUAUCGAAGAGAAAACUCCAGAGAUAAAAGAAGAAGAAGAAGUAGAAUUGAAGCCCGAACCUUUGGAAGAUCCUAACAUUACAUAUGCCGUGAGCCAAUCUGUUAUAUGGAAUGUACUGCAAAUUUGUUUGCCAUGGCACUUUAAAUUGAUGCCAGAAAAAAUGGUUAAUCCAAAUAUAGAGCAAGUAAAUGACUUGUUUAAGAAAUUGGAGACCGACACAGACAAUGGUGAUAUUUAUAUUAGCAAAUUUGUUAGCGAUACCAAAAUAUGCAAACUAUUUCAUAAAGUCAAAAAGUUUACUUUUGUAAAUUUGACGGAUUCGAUUCGUAACGUUAUUUAG